AAAGGAGCUGGCUUGCGCACAGAGUGAGAGAGAGAAAGAGAUGAUGAUAGAUUCUAGAAAGAUUAUUGUUCUUCUUUGUUGUUAAGGUAUUCGCGCCAGUGGAAAGUUUCUGUACUGAUUUCGUUUACACAUCAAAAUUCGGUAAAAAGUAGGUAAUGAUUAUGUCUCUUAUCUGAGAAUUAAACUAUUACAGCUAUCAAGAACAUGGAAUACAUGUGUGAUUACUGUGGGGAGCAAAAGUCAUUAAUAUAUUGUAGAUCUGAUGCUGCUAGCUUAUGCUUAUCUUGUGAUCAUAGCGUACACUCUGCAAAUGCUCUUUCUCGACGCCAUUCAAGAACUCUUGUGUGUGAGAGGUGUAAUUCCGAACCUGCAUUUGUCAGAUGUAUUGAAGAAAGAAUAUCACUUUGUCAUAACUGUGAUUGGACUGGACAUGCUUCCUCAGUCACGGCUUCUAUGCACAAGAGGGAAGCGAUUACUUGUUAUUCGGGUUGUCCUUCCUGGGAAGAGUUAUGUUCGUUUUGGCCAUUUAUUCAAGAUAAACCUUCUGGUGAAGGUUCUACAUGUGAGAAGGAGAUGAGCUCUAUGAGUAUUGCUGAGAACAGCCUCACCACCAAUUCUAGGAAUGCUUUACAAGAGUCAUCUUCACUACCUCCAUUGAACAACAGGACACAAAAUGCAGAAGCUAGUGGACUUGGAAAAUCAAAUUUAUCCAAGGUUUUCUGUUCUGGAUCAAAGUCACCUGCUUUAUGUGGAGUGGAUGCAUUUGACGAUGACUUUGAUAUAGAUGAAGUUGACAUGUCUAUUGAAAACUAUGAGGAACUCUUUGGUAUAGCCCCACAUAGUCAAAGUCAUCUUUUUGACGAGAAAGGAUUUGACGGCUUGUUUGAUUUGAAGGAUAUGUCUACUGAUUUCCAAGAUCAAAGUACAUACCCAGCAGAGGGAUCAAUGAUUGGAGUGGCUAAUAAUAACCAGCACCAACCUGCUAGCAGCAAUGCAGCGUCUGCUGAUUCCAUAUUAAGCUCUAAAACAGAACCAAACCUCUGUUUUUUCAGGCGAGCGCAUUCCAACCUUUCGUUUUCCGGCAUCACCGGAGAAAGCAGUGUAGGGGAUUAUCAAGACUGCGGAGCUUCUUCUGCGUUGAUUUCUAUGGGCGAGCAAUCUUGGUAUCCACAAUGUCCUGAGAGUUCCAUGCCUUCUUCUAGCAGGACCAAUGCGGUUUUGCGUUACAAAGAAAAGAGAAAAGCACGCAAAUUUGAGAAGAAGGUAAGAUAUGCCUCACGUAAAGCGAGGGCAGAUGUAAGAAAACGUGUGAAGGGACGGUUCGUGAAGGCGGGAGAUGCAUACGAUUACGAUCCAUUGGGCCAAACAAGAAGUUAUUAAUAAGUCUAUAUCCUUUUAGCCGUGCUAAAAGGACAAGCAUAAUGGGUAAAGACGUCGACAACAACACGACUCAGGUCUGUUUGUUUUGCUUCUGCUAAAAUAUUAUACAUAUAUAUAUAUGGUAAGCAUAGUAACAAGCUAAAGUGUAUGAGAAAUUAAACGCGAUGAAUUGCCCAGAAUAAAAAGGGUUGUUCAACAUAAACACAUUCGAAAGGCCGAGAUUUAAUAUUUUUGUUUUAGUUGGCAAGGAAUGUACAGGUAUUAUAAAACCGUUUAUUAAAUUGCAUUAAUUAUAGCCAUUUAUAAUUUGGCUUUGUAGACAUCAUAUUUAUAGUAGUAGUUAUUUUCCAUUAUAUUGUAUGUAGUAUUUUUCGUUUCAACUGUCA